AUGAGUGUAUCUAGAAUGGCUUUGGUCCUCGGGUUGCUUCUAUGUAUUGAAGCUCAGCUGUCCAACGCCCAGCACUGGUCCCAUGGUUGGUAUCCUGGAGGCAAGAGGGACUUGGACUCUUUCGGCAUGUCAGAGAUUUCAGAGGAGAUCAAACUAUGUGAGGCAGGGGAGUGCAGCUACUUGAGACCCCAGAGGAGGAGUAUUCUAAAAGCCAUUCUUUUGGAUAUCUUGGCCAGAGAACUCCAGAAGAAAAAGUAA